CAUCUUCUUUGAUAACCAUGGCAUUUGUAGCAGUCGUCUGCUAUACAGUUUACUAGUAGCAUUUCCAAGUGAGAGUCGUAGGGCUGAGAGGCCGCCACUCAACUUGACAAGCAUAAUAAUUUAUCAGCAGCGGAAAAAAGUGGGAAAAAGAAACCAAAGGAAAGGAAAGGAAAUGGCGCACUCAGCCAGCCAGCCAGCCACAGUAGAGAGUAGCCCCCAGUUAGCGUUAGCCAAACUGCUCAACUGCUGCUGCUACUCCAACUCUUCUCCUGCGUCCGUUGCCAUAUAUAGAAAAACAAACCCUCGCCUUUCUCCUGGGCCGAACCACACAUACCACUCCAGUGCACGCACGCUCGCCUCCCCCUCCCUCCCUCGCUCCCCUUUGUGGAUAUAAUCAUAUCCUUUCCCACGACCUUGUUUAAUCGCGUCGCCCGCGGAUAUACAACCCCGCCGCCGCCGCCACAUGGACAUGGACUCGCCCCCUGUGUCUGUGCCCAUGCCGCCGUCCAAGCCGGCCGACCUCUCGCUCACGCUGGCGCCGGCGGCGCAAUCCGUCGCCGAGGCUGACGGCGGGGCCGGGGCGGGCGGCGACGGCGCGUGCGUCGACGGCAAGGACGUGCGCCUCUUCCCCUGCCUCUUCUGCAACAAGAAGUUCCUCAAGUCGCAGGCGCUCGGCGGCCACCAGAACGCGCACAAGAAGGAGCGCAGCAUCGGCUGGAACCCCUACUUCUACAUGCCGCCCACCUCCUCCGCGCACCUCCACGCCAAUGCCGCGCCGCCCAACUCCUCCGGCGCCACCGCCUCGGGGCCCUACGCCGGCUCUGUCGCGGGUUCUGCCGCGACCGCGCCGCCCGGCGUCGCCGCGGGCCUCCCGGCGCACGCCUACGCGAGCCGUGCCUACGCGGCCUUGCCCACCACCUUCCCAAUCGCCUCCCACAGCUCCAUCAUGGUCGGCUCCGACCGGCUCCAGUACUACGCGCCGCCGCAGGGAGCGUCGGCGUCCUCGGCGGCGACCGGCGAGCUGUACAGCGGCGGCAUGCAGCAGGUGUCCCGCUUCGCCGCCGCGCACCAGCAGCAGCUCCUGGCCGUCAGCAGCAGCAGCAGCAGCAGCGAGCGCGCGAUGAUGGCCGCGGCCGAGCAGCCCGGCGCCGGGCGCGACGAGCUGAUCGACAUGCUCAACUGGAGGCGGGGCUGCCACGGGCCGACCGCCUCGGCGGCCGCCACCACCCCGUCGCCCGCCAGCACCACCACCACGCUCACCUCCGGAGGCGGCAGCAUCUACAACAACAACGGCGAGGAGGCCGAGGAGGAGCUGGACCUCAACUUGAGCCUGUAGCAGCAUGCAGCGGUGAGCUCGCCGGCCGGCCGGCGCUGCCUCCAAGACCAAGACAAGGUUAAUCCAUGGCCACGUAGUACCUCUACCCUUCUACAACUCCUGUUCGCCCGGCUAUUCAUGUCCCCUACCGCCCUUCACCACGACGUACGUAGUACCGCACGCCCCCCCCCCCCCCCCCCCAAGAUUAGUUGUUUUUAAUUAAUUAGAGAAGAAGAAGAAGAAGAUGUUAAUUAAUUAAUUAGUUCCUCGAUCGACCCUCCUUCAGUCAGUCUCCUGCUGCUAGUAGUGGUGAGCUGUGCUCCUCCUUGUAAUCGUGCUCUUGAAUUUCACCCCCUGUUCGUCUCUUCAUCUUUUUUUAGCUUCGUUUUCCGGAUCGAAUGGGAGGUGGAAUCGUCGACAGUUGGGCACAGUGCGGGCGGGCGGGUCGACAUGGCCGCCGUGGUUAAUGAAUGUUUGGCAUCUGUGGCGCAGCCGCAUCUGCCUAUCAAUCUAUCUUGGAUUUGGUGCUCUUUUGCCUUUGAUUA